AUGAACCGCACACGAAGCCGAAACAAUGAUGAAGAGGUUCCGGCUGUUCAUAUUGCAGACCUCAAUGACGGUAUCAUAUCCGAGGUGCAAAAGACAGAGCCCCAGUUGACAGACGAAACUGUCAAGGGCGAUGGACCGCCUGAUGGUGGUUUGACAGCAUGGCUGCAGGUCGUCGGCUCGUUCUUCCUGUACUGGAACUCAUGGGGCCUUGUGAAUGCAUUCGGUGUAUAUCAAACAUAUUAUCAGACCGAAUUAUUACAAAGCAUGUCCCCGUCUGCCAUAUCAUGGCUUGGGUCGAUUCAGUCAUUCCUGCUGCUCUUCAUCGGCGUGAUUUCAGGGCCGUUGUAUGACAAGGGAUACCUGCGCUCCCUGAUACUAUGCGGCAGCUUUUUCGUCAUUUUCGGCUUGAUGAUGACGAGUCUAUGUACGCAGUUCUGGCAGUUGAUAUUGGCACAGGCAGUCACCUCGGGGCUCGGAACUGGGAUGCUCUAUAUACCCGCUCUGGCCAUUAUACCGCAGUAUUUCUUCCACCGCAAGGCCUUGGCUCUUGGUGUCGUCGUGUCUGGUUCGAGCUUUGGCGGCGUCGUGUACUCGGUCAUUUUCACCCAGCUACAGCCAAAGAUAGGAUUCGCUUGGACCGUGAGAGUCAAGGGACUCAUUGCACUCCUAACACUGUCAAUCAGUGUAGUCGUACUGCGGCGCCGCGAACCCCCGUCGGACAAGAUACGCUCCCUUCUCGAUCUCAAGGCCUUUAGAGAGCGUCCAUAUGUCCUGUACUGCGCAGCCCUGUGCUCGAGCAAUAUUGCCUUUUUCACGCCCGUAUUCUACAUGCAGCCAUUCGCACUAGCCCACGGCCUGGGCGGGCAGACUAUUGGCUUGUAUCUUGUCGCCAUCAUGAAUGCCAGCUCCAUUCUGGGUCGGCUUUCGCCCUCGCUCAUAGCGAAUCGACUCGGACCCGUCCAGACCCUCUUUUGCACCGUGACGUGUACGGCCAUAACUGUCUUUGGGUGGAUUGGCACGACUCACGGCUGGGGCAACAUCGCGUUUGCCGUCUUCUUUGGCUUCUUUUCCGGCGGCAUUGUCGCGCUUCCUGCGGUUGUCUUGACCAGCUUCACGUCCGACUUGGGCCGUCUGGGAACCCGGCUAGGCAUGUCUUCGGUAUUGAACGCCCUGGGAUCCUUGAUUGGCGCGCCGAUUGGAGGAGCAAUUCUAAAUGCGACUGGCAAAUACAUAGGCAUCCAAUUAUGGGCGGGGUGUGUCAUUCUGAUUUGUGCGAGCUGCCUUCUCGCUUUGCGAUUUGCACUCACGGGUCCAGUGUUAAAAGCUAAAGCAUGA